CUUUUGGAGGCUGGCGAUCUGGAGGAUGAUUAUGUUCAAAGUGCUUUAUCUAGCACAAACAUUCUCGGAAUUUUAACCUAUCUUGAUUCCGGUGCUGCCCGCAAGUCGUCCGAGUUAACCACAGUUUUUAAAGCUCUGUAUAUGAUCAUUCUCAUCGGCUCGAGGGAGAAAUGGGAUGAACUGACCGCAGUUGUCCAUGGACUCGCUGAGGGUGUGUUAGAAGAUCUCCGUUUUGCCAGUUGCAUCCGUGGAUUGCGACACAAUCAAGGUGCUGAGACCAAUAAAGCAGUCUUGCGCCUGCUCGCCGUUAUUGCCACUCUGAAUACCAAUCUUGCUCGUGGUUUAUUGCGUGCUCUACCAUUCUCGGGCCAAGAGAUGAUCCAGUGCUCACGCAGGCGGAACACCACGGACUCACAGGAUGUGCGUUCGUGUUUUCUAAAUUUGAUUGCCGCCUUCGUGUUCUCUGGGAAUGAUCUGGUGGUUCGAGAAGCGAUCGAGAAAAGAAGUAAAUUGUCCAGAAUAACUGAUUUAUCUGUUCUAGCUCCUUUCAAUCUUGCGAUUAACGAAUCUUAUAUUGAUAAAUACGCAAAUGUGAUGCUCAUUUUGGAAAUGCUAUCUAAGAUAGUAGAAAACAGAACCAUCAGCAAGACACAAAAAGUGCGGUUGUUCGACCGGAACAGCUUGAAGCAACUACUGUAUUUGUACACAUGGCGCGGCGAGGCUCUAACGCUUCAAGAUUUAGCUGGACGUGAUGACGGGGAUGUAGAUACUGAUCAACUGGAUUGCAUUCGUCAGAAGUUGCACCAAAUGCUCACCCUCUUGACCACUUCUACACGCCUCGGUCUUGUUUUUUCCGGACGUAAUAGGGAUUGGCAGAGUCCAGCGAACGACCUGAUUUUCCAUGCUCUCAUCAGUCCACCGAUGUGUUCUGCCUACACCGAUCCUUUGCGAUUGGAGUUGAUUUAUUCAGCUCUCUUUUCCUGUCCAGAUAUACUGGCUCCUUACUUGGACCAUACGGCUCCACUUCUUUAUCCGCGUGCGAAUUCCUCCAAUUGGGCCCGUUUGAUGAAUUUAAUAUGCGGGAUUUACGAUCUAUGUCGAGUGAAUCUCAUCAAAUGGGCAGUGAUGGCCGUGGAACGUUACACAACACCGCAACAAGCGGCACAAAUGAUAGUUGAUUGUUCUUUCUUAUCCCCGAAGAUGAUUGAGCCUUUGUCUGCGGCUUUGUUGGUUAGUCUCCUACCUAGUUGA